AUGGACACGUUAGACAUCCCAGAACCCCAAGUACUCGUGCACUAUCCCAAUGACGAGGGCAUGUUCUGGCAUCACCGUAUUCUAGUCAAGAAGAUCACAGCGGGGGCAUGGAUUGCGAUCACCCCCGACUUAGAGCUUGUGCGUCACAAUCUUCUAGAGCAGCGCCACCUCGUCCUGGAACGCAAUUCGAUGUUCCCUGCGAAUCGUCGGGGCGAGGCAGCAAUAUUGGGCGACGGCGACCAUGACGUCGAGAUGGAGAACUUCGCUUGGGUCGUCGCGGAGGUAGGUCACUCACGGUUUGCCCAACCCCUGGUCGAUGCAGAGUUGGACCAGGCUUCCUUGGGGCAGUCCAGGAGCGUGGCGUUGGUGAGUGGCCUCGAAGUGUUCAUAGAGAAGGUUCAGAGCAACCAGAGUGGCUCGUUUCAGUUCGGGAUGGCCCUGGAGAUCUUUCUUCUUAUCACGGACAGUGGGUUCGCCGUUCGGGAGUCAGCGAAUCCUCGGCGGUGCGAGUCGGUUCGGCUGGCCAUUCAGACAGACCAGCUCGACGUGACCAACUUGUUGAGCUUCGAACUCAUCAUGCGCAGGAUCUGCCAGGAUGAGACUGCGGUGGCUCGUAACCCUCGCCAUCCUGACUACGGUGGGUUGGAGAUUUUGCUUCGCGCUCCGACCGCCGAGCAGGGCCAGGCGAGUACGAACAAGCUCACGGAGUGGGCCACGGGCCGUCUCAAGGAGCAGGCCGCGAUCUCCAAGCAGACUCGGUUGUGGAACGAGGAGCAGCGGGCCAUGCAGAACUCUCGUGCCCCCGCAGAAUGGAUCUUGGACAGCAUCACGGAGCGCGUUGCCGCUGUGGGGCCCCCCCCGCCUGGCCUGACGGCCGAGGGGGCCGCUCGCGAGUUGCUGGCUUCUAAGGACCUGUACUGUCAGGAGCCGAAGAACCUCGCGCCGUUCGAUCUGACAAAGCUCAAGGUCGCAAAGGGGCGCGCUCGACCUCGCUCUGCGGCUAACUUCUUGCCGCCUUUGCCCGCGGACAUGAUCCGCAACCCUGCACUGUGCAUCGAGAAGGAUGAGGGGGAGAUGGAGUUCACGCCUGGGGCCCUUGCGGACCUCGGCCUCUCCGUGGGUGGCAAGUCCGUCGACGGUGUCGGCAGUGUGAUAGGCUGGGACCCCCGCGGGGACGAGGCCGAUGUCGAGGACUGCUUCUACAACUUCGCAAUCGAUGGCUUGGCGGAGUGGUUCGGUUUCGACGACCCGCUGCCCGCCGCCGAGAUCAGGGACACGUGCGGCAUCAACGUCGGGGCGUUCUGGGACCCCGAUCUGAACACGAUGGUCUCCGUGGAGGACGACAUGGUCAUGGGGAGCGUCUACGUGGACAACAUCACCGUCUUCGGCAGGGACGCUUCUCUGGCUCGUGAGGCGAGCUCUGCCCUGCAGGCCGAAGCUGACCGAUCUGGUUUGCCUAUCACGUGGUCCUACCCUGAUGUGGUGACCCACCUCGAGACCGUGGGUGUUGAGAUCGACUUCAGGAAGGGGAAGCAUCGCAACAAGGCCUCCCGAGUGUGGCGUUUUGACUUGGCCACCCGCGCUCUCCUGCGUCGUGGCAAGAUGCGAGGAGAGCACAUGGAGGUCUGGCUGGGCCACGCUGUAUCACUGCUGAUGCUGGCCAGGCCCGGGUACGCCGCGCUUUCAGCCACGUGCCGGUUCGCCGAGACCGCCUGGGGCGUUCGGACCCCUCUGCCGCGCGAGGUCAUGCACGAGAUGAGGUUGGUCGCUGGGCUGGUCUGGCUCGCUGAGGUCGACCUGGCGGCGCCCUACGUGCCGCACGUCUACGCCAGCGACUCUGCCGACAACGGGUACGGCCUGAUGUACAAGAAGGCCACGGUCGAGGAGAUGCAGUCGGCCUUCCGCUGGAAGGAGAGGUGGAGCUUCAGGCAGCACCUCCGAGGCCCCCGUGUUGGUCUGACUUCGGCCGCCGAUGUCGCUGAGAUGGGCGGCUACAGGGAGGCAGACGAGACGCAGCUGGAUCACGAGGUGGAGCCCCGCUGCCGCUCCGCCGAGCCGAACGCUGGCUCCGCCCCUGCCACGGCCUUCGGCCAGUGGCUGCAGAGCAAGGCCGAGGAGGGCUCUGCCCUCGACGGACCUCAUCGGCCUCGCCCUCGCCGUCUGCGGCGGCGCCCUGCCGACCCUGACGAUCUCGACGCCGAGUGCCUCGGUCAGGUUGGCCCCCUGGCGCCGCCGCUGCCCGCCUCCUGGUUCGACUCGGAGGGCUUCAAGCUGGUGGCAGCGAGGCGCUGGCGCUGGCCUGGAGAACACAUCAACGUGAAGGAGACCCGCGCUGCAGUCAUGAGGCUGCGGCAUGCCUGUUGCGUUCGCCAGAUUUGCGGGCGCCGCCUAGUUUCUCUCGUGGACUCCAUGGUAUGUGUUGGCUGCCUGGACAAGGGGCGGUCCAGCCGCUCAGCAGCUCUGAACGCACAGUGCCGGCGAGCUGCGGCCUACACAAUCGGUUGUAGAAUGCGUUGGAGGCUGCGGUAUGUCAACACGAAGUUUAACGUGGCCGACGGCCAGGGCUUCUUGGAGCUGUUCUCGGGCGAGGGUGGGCUCUCCAAGGCGUUCGAGGAGCUCGGCCUGUCUACUUACCCCUGCAUGGACAUCAAAGAUGGGGCUCACUAUGACCUCCUGGACCCGAAGGUCCAGAACAUCAUCCUAGAGGACAUCCGAAAGGGGCAUGGGCCCUGGCCGCGGGCAUGUCAGCGCCUGCGCGGGCCCGAGGCGGCUCAGACCCGCCUGACGGCGGGGACCUGGAGGCCCGGCUUCGCGAUGCUGCGCGACGGCCGGCUUCGCGCGCCCGGGAGCGCCUCCGACCAGCUCGGCAGCAGCUGCAAGCGGAGCCUGACCUCGGGCUCGCUGGCGCCGUCGACUCAGCCGACCUCGAGAGCAGGUUUGACCACCUGCGGCCUUUCAUCAUCUUCGGUCAGGACUCCAACCUCGAAGCAGCAAGGAAGCAGGCAGCCCGCUCGAGGAAAGGCCCGAAAGGUCGCUGGCCGCCGCUCCCGCGUCUCUAGUUUCGUGGAGGCGAUCAAGGGCCGCAACCUGUGCUUCGGGCCGACGGCGCCCGUCCCUGUGGAUGGAGGUGUUGCCCGUUUCGGCUCGAUCACCUCGACGUCGCUGGAGCGAUAUGGGACUGCAGUUCGUGAGUUGUUCGACUGGGCGACGCGCUCAGAUGACCUCAGACAAGCUCCAGAGUCCGUUGUCGAUCAGAAAAUGUGCAAGUACUUUAAUGUUCUCAUGAGUGAUGCUCGACAUGCCGCUGAGGGACGGUACACACUCUGGGGGUAUCUGACUUUCUUCCCACGGUCGGACAUCGCCAAGUCCGCCCGCCUCUCGAUGGCUCGUGAGGCGAUGAAGGGCUGGGUCCGCACGUUCCCUGGCUCCUCUCGACAUCCGUGGCCGCUCUCAGUCUUCUAUUUGUUCAUGAGUGUCUUCCUGAGGGACAAACACACCGAGGCUGCCGUCGCCCUGGCCAUCCAACUAGACGCCUACCUGAGACCUUCUGAGAUAUGCGAACUGCGGUGGUGCUCCCUGGUUCAGCCCUCAAAGCUCUCAUCUUCAUUGUCAAAGAACAAGUGGGCUGUUGUCAUUGGCAACUCAGACCUCGGUGAGACCACAAAGACUGGUGAAAGCGAUGACACUGUAGUACUCGACUCUGUCGGCCGUGAGUGGGUAGGUUCCGUGCUUGAGAUGUGGGCUAGGCGCCAUAAGUCUGACACCUCUUCUGAUCAGCUAGUCUUCCCGCACCUGUCUCUGGCCAAGUAUGAAGCACUUUUUCGGAAAUAUAGUUGCUCUAUCCUCGGCAAAGUAGGGUACCUCACCCCCCACGUAGUCCGUCACUCAGCGCCCAGUCACGACGUGCUGGUGCGCGCUCGCAGUCUAGCAGUUGUUCAGAAGCGCGGGUGCUGGGCCCGCGCCAAGUCCGUUAAACGGUACGAAAAGAGCGGCCGCCUUCUUCUCCAGGCCGCCCGUCUUCCUUCCGAGCUCGCGAGGCGAGCUACAGCUGCGGAGGCCUCCAUCUUUCAGUGCUUUCAGGAGGCCCUCCAGUAA